AUGACCGCCCCCAUAGUCCUCGAUGGAGGAACCGGGUUCCUCAAGGUGGGCUAUGCGGCGCAGAACUUCCCCGAGUUCCAGUACCCGUCGAUAGUCGGCCGGCCGAUUCUUCGAAGCGAGGAGCGGGGCGACAGCGACCUCGUGAUCAAGGACAUAAUGUGCGGCGACGAGGCCGCGGCCGCCCGCACCAUGUUGCAAAUCAGCUACCCGAUGGAGAAUGGUAUCGUCAAGAAGUGGGAAGACAUGCAGCACCUGUGGGACUACACCUUUUUCGAAAAGAUGAAGAUUGACCCUCGGGGUCGCAAGAUCCUCCUCACCGAGCCGCCCAUGAACCCCUUAAGAAACCGCGAGCAGAUGUGCGAGGUCAUGUUUGAGCGCUACGACUUUGGCGGGGUCUACGUCGCCAUUCAGGCCGUGCUGGCUCUAUAUGCUCAAGGUCUCAGCUCCGGCGUGGUUGUCGAUUCGGGUGACGGCGUUACCCACAUUGUGCCCGUGUACGAGUCGGUCGUGCUUAACCACCUGACGAGGAGAUUGGAUGUUGCCGGCCGAGAUGUUACCAGGAAUCUCAUCGCGCUGCUCACCCGCCGCGGCUACGCGCUCAACCGAACGGCCGACUUCGAGACAGUGCGCCAGAUCAAGGAGAAGCUCUGCUACGUCUCGUACGACCUCGAGCUCGAUAAACGCCUGAGCGAGGACACCACGGUGCUGGUGGAGAGCUACACGCUCCCCGACGGUCGCGUCAUCCGCGUAGGCAGCGAGAGGUUCGAGGCGCCCGAGUGCCUCUUCCAGCCUCACCUCGUCGACUGCGAACAGCCCGGCAUCGCCGAGUUCCUCUUCAACACCAUCCAGGCCGCCGACGUCGACGUGCGGUCCUCCCUCUACAAGGCCAUUGUCCUCUCGGGAGGCUCCAGCAUGUACCCCGGUCUUCCGUCGCGGUUGGAGAAGGAGCUCAAGCAGCUGUGGCUCACGCGCGUGUUGGGCGGAAACCCCGAAAGGCUCAGCAAGUUCAAGGUGCGAAUAGAAGAUCCUCCUCGUAGGAGGCACAUGGUCUUCCUCGGAGGUGCCGUGCUCGCCAACAUCAUGGCGGACAAGGACAGCAUGUGGGUCUCCAAGCAGGAGUGGGAAGAGCAAGGUCCUAGGGUGCUUGAAAAGCUUGGCCCGCGAUAA